GCGACAUGACAUCAUUUUUCAAAUCACAAGGAGCGCGUUAUGCCUUUAGCGAUAAAGACUUCAUUUCCAGCUUGCAACCUGCAGAAAAAAGAAUAUGUCUUGCCUCACUGGAUUCUCGCACCUUACAAUCACCGCUCCAACUAUUGAAUUGUAUACACGAU